AUCGUGGAUGGAGAUAAGGUAAAGCAUAAAAGAAUAAUUAUUUGGGAAGAUCUGGCAGUACGGAUAUAGCUAUGCUGUUUGUAUUGUCCUUGGUGACAUUUGCUGUUAGUGCUCAGGCACUCAUACCCAAUGGGACAGUUCCCAGACCCCAACUCACAACACAUCAACGUAUUUUAAGCGAUGGGUAUCCAGCAGAGUCUUACGAUGUGACAACAGAGGAUGGCUACAUUCUGGAGGUGAACAGAAUCCCUCGGGGACGGAAAGAUUUAAACAACGGUCGCCCUAGGCCGGUUGUAUUUAUGAUGCAUGGCUUACAAGGCUCUGCUAAUGCAUACAUUGAGCUUGGUCCAGAAAACAGUAUGGCUUACAUACUUGCAAACUAUGGCUUUGAUGUAUGGCUAGGAAAUGCUAGAGGUGUCGAGAGGUCCAGACGUCACGUGUCCCUGGAUCCAGACAGUAUUUUACAAAAGCGCAAAUUCUGGGAUUUCACAUGGGAGGAAAUUGCACUUAAUGAUCUCCCUGCUAUGAUUGAUUUUAUUCUAAGCAAGACAGGCCAAGAAAAACUUCACUACGUCGGUCACUCUCAGGGAGGCACUGUGUUCCUUGUACUCAACUCUAUGAAACCCGAAUAUAACGAGAAAUUCAAAUCUGCACACUUACUGGCAGGAGUUGGCUAUAAACGAUUCUUCCCUAAUCGGAUUCUUACGAAAGCUGCUCAAAAGGUUGAUGAAAUCCUGUUCGUUACGAGAGCAUUAGGAUUCGUAGAAUUACUUGGACCAGGAUUAUUUUCUGAUGGAGUAGCUCCCGACACUAUUGACGCUUUGACAAAUGAACAGGAAAUUCAAUCAUAUGGAUUGGUUGAUGCAAUCCUCAAUUUAUUCAAAGAAGCCUUGGAAGAAUUAUCACGGUCCAAGGCAAUGGUGGGUGGAGCAGCAGUGAAGCAAUAUGCACACUACGGCCAAAAUAUCAGGGAUAAGAAGUUCAGACGUUGGGAUUAUGGAAAAUGGGGCAACCUUUUGAAAUACGGAUGGGUCGACCCACCACAAUACAAUCUAAGAAGGAUAACCGUAGAUAUCACCAUGCACUACACCCUAGGCGAUAAUCUUCUGCAUGAACUUGAUGUCAUCGGCAUGUCUUUGUCUAUUCCAAACUGCAAAAUCCGACGUGUUGCCAGACGUAAUUUCUCGCACACAGAUUUUGUAGUAGCAAACGAUUCUAGAGAGCUAGUAACGGAAUAUAUCCUGAAUGACUUGGCUAGAAGGAACCAAUAAAAUACUAAGGCUUAAGGUUUGAAGAUAAUAAAUGAAGCGAAUCAAUAUA